GUAUAAAUACGCAGUAAAUUGAUGGCCGAGUCCCCAUUCAGUUGUAAAUUCAACCGCCGUGUCAAUACAACAGCAAUAAUAGCUAACAUCGUUUCAAGUUAACUUUGUCUGUGUUCUCGUAUAUGCUGAUCUACACAUAGCAAAUUUUUUAAUGGGAAUGACCGCAAUUGCGACGAGGUGCAUCGUCACCAUCUUUUUGGCUUUUGUCGUUUGCUGCAAUUGUCAAUCAGAUGGCAGCCCUAACGUUUGUUCUUCUUGGACCAAACUGCAAAUCUCCCCGGAUCCGUUCAGUUCGAUGGAGUACGGCAACUUUUUCAUCGAAAUUUACGAACACACAAACAACAAGAAAUCGGAGACUGCUGCCAGCGAGAAAAAAUAUUUCUAUUCACCCAUUGGGCUGUUGGACAACCAAAGUGCAGUGAGUACUUACAACAGGAUUACGAAACAGCCAGAGAUGAGAUUCCGCAUUGAAGUCUGGAACGACAAAGUCCAAAAACAAGUGGUGAAACAUUUGAGUGAAAUCGUCGGCCAUGAAAUCAAAUCCAAUAAAGUGAGAGUCGUACCUUUAAAAAAGUUCAUUCUCAAAAGCGAAGGACCCACAGUGGAUUAUUCGCUGCCGGAGUGGACGAAGUAUGAAAAGAGCAAAACCCUGUGGAUUUAUUUGUCUUGUUAUGACCAGAAAUUCUGCGACGAAAUGGCCAAUGAAAUGCGAUCCGUUCCCGAGCACUUUUACCAUUUCAAACUCUUCUACAGUUUGUCAUCGGAGGCGUCGCACAUCAAGCAGGCGACCAUCAAUAUCGACAGUGUUACUUCUGGCCAAAUGGUCACCAGAUUUUUACAGAAAUUUGGGGACCAAAACGAAGUUUUUCUCUCAGCCAAUGACGAGAGAAAAAUGCUGACGGAAAUGGCCAGCAAAAUUCAAAUGGACACAUUUGAUGACUACGAAGUCGGCUCUCCAGACGCGGAGAAUAUAAUCUAUUCUUUUUUAAAGGAUUUGUUGGUCAUGUCCAGGACGACAAUUAAAGAACAAAGUGACGAAAUGUGGGACUCUGUUUUCUGGAAUGAAGACAAUUACCGGCCUGACAGGACAACGAGAGUUUUGAACGAAAUCGUCAAUAAACUGAGCACGGAAACUCGGAAGAAACUGGCGGACAUGUUUCAAAAAGUGGUGAAGCAAACCGAAAAAUUGACGUCAAGUAAUAAAGGCGUCGAAAAAAGACGGGAGGUUUUGACCAUUUCAAGAGAAAUGGCAAACGAUUCCGACAGUUCCGGACGGGUUGAAAUUUCGAAAGAAGAUGCGAAAAAGUUAUUGCAAGAAAGUAAAAACCACGUCCAAUGGGACGGAGAAAAAUUUGUGCCCAAACCCAUGCAACUGAGCAAAAUCAAUUUGGGCAAAUUUAAUGAUUCCCAAUCCUUUCAGGAUCACAGCCUCCGUGUCCGUUACACGAACGCUGAACUUUCGGCAUCAAUCAAAUUUGUAGAACAUGCCGAAUUGACUGUCACUGACGAAUGGAAUAAUCUCAAGGAGGAACUCAAAGACACUGUGAUGACGUUGAUGAAAACGAAUACCGAAUUUAGUUAUUUGAAGACUGAUUUAAUAGAUUUAACAAAUAAAUCAGAAGCGUGUAAGCAGGAGUUGAUGAAAACCAAAACCGAGUUGGAGAACAAUUUCAGCAAAAACGUCCAUGAUUUAUCAACAAAACUCAAUUCAACUGGAAAAGAAUUGACAGAAAUCAAAACCAGUGCCGGAAGAUUGUCAACUGAACUCAAAGUAUACGUGCAACGAUUUAGUCACGAACUAAAAGAAGCCGAAGAAAAUCUGAGAAAAGACCUGAGUGCAACUUCGGAUCUUUUGGAAACGACAACAACAAACUUGACCUCAACGAGAAUGGAAUUGGGAAACACGAAAUCCACCGUCGAUAAUCUGAGAACUAAGUUAAAUGACAGAACGAGUGAAAUAGUCGACAUUGGUAAAAUGCCAAGCUCAUGUUCAGACCUGCAGCGAAUGGGGCAUAAAUUAAGCGGAUUCUUUUCUGUUAAAGGGUCGAAGAAGAAGAUGGAAAUGGUUUACUGUGACUUUUAUCCUAAUCGAAACGACAAUCAAAAAACGAUCGGAUACGCCGAUAUUAAAUCAGCGCCCGUCUAUUUCCACGUCCAGAGAAAUACGACAAGCCGCACAAUUAACAGUCCAAUUCCGUUCGAAUUUGGGCGGGUAAACGAGGGAAAUGCUAUGAAUUUAACAACAGGGAAAUUCACGGCCCCGCGAGCGGGAAUUUACUUCUUCUCAAUCACGGGGCUUUGGUAUAACACAGGUUUAAGGUUUUAUUUGAACGGGAAUCCUAUCGGGAGAAGCUAUGGCUACGCUGGAAAUCUGUCGUUGAACUUCCAGGCCAUGUUGAACUUGAAAAAAGACGAUCAAAUCUGGGUGCAGAUUGAGGGAAACUAUUUGCACGAUGACAGUAACCACUACACUCAUUUCACUGGCUUAAUGUUAGAGGAGGAAAUUGCCUUGGAAAUUGCAGACUUCACGAUUUUGUAAUCCUCCAACAUGCGCAAAAAGAUCUUCGACUAACAACUGACCCGCAAAUGAAUUUUUUUCUGGGGUAAUUAAAAGGGAUGGAAGAAAAUUCAUUGGAUACUAAUCCAUUAAGGCGAAGGAAUUUCUUUACACAAAUUUUACUGUUUAU